AUGGGGAUUGGUUCACCAUCUCUUCUGGGGAAGAUGAAGGAUAAGGCGGUGGAGAUGGUCAAAAAUGCAGAGAAAAUUGGGAGGGACGACCCAAGAAGAAUCCUGCAUUCUGUUAAAGUGGGAGUAGCUCUUACACUCAACUCUUUGUUCUACUAUUACAAUCCUCUCUAUGAUGGUUUUGGACCUUCUGGAAUCUGGGCUCUUGUGACUGUCAUCCUCGUCUUCGAAUUCACUAUUGGUGCAACCUUAUCCAAAUGCUUGAACAUGAGUUUUGCUGCACUCCUAGCAGGCGCUAUGGGCGUUGGAGCUAAGUAUUUGGGUGGCCUUUGUGGCGACAAAGGCGAGCCUGUGGUUCUUGGUAUCCUUGUUUUCAUCCUAGCUUCCAUAUUAACAUUCAUGAGAUUUAUUCCUGGUAUCAAGACCAAGUAUGACCAUGGAGUUUUGAUAUCCAUCCUCAUCUUCAGUUUAGUAACCGUCUCCGGCUACCGGACGGAGCAGAUUAUACAGUUUGCUCAUCAACGGUUGUCCGCGGUGGCCAUCGGAGGCGUCACAUGCAUACUCAUUUCCGUACUUGUAUGCCCUGCAUGGGCCGGAGAAGAUCUUCAGAACCUCAUUGCUGCAAAUAUUGAAAAGCUUGGAAGGUCCUUGGAAGGUUUUGGAAAUGCAUAUUUUAGGUUUCCUAAGGUUGAAGGUGAAGAAAGUGGGAGUACUGAGAAGGCAUUAUUUCCUCAAGACUAUAAAUCAGCAUUCAAUUCUAAAGCCUCUGAAGAAUCUUUGGCAAUUUUUGCAUGGUGGGAGUUUGGUCAUGGCGAGUUCAAAUUUCGUCAUCCAUGGAAGCAAUACUUGAAAGUUGGAGUUCUUGCCAGGGAAUGUGCUUCCCAUCUUCAAGCUCUCUCCGGUUACUUGAACACCGGCGACGAUCAGGCAGUGCAGACAUUAUUAUUAUUAAGUUUUAAGAGCAAAAUUCAAGAGCCAUGCACAAGAAUGUGCUCGGAAUCGAGCCAAGCUUUGAAAGAUAUAUCAUCAGCCAUAAAAACCAUGGGGCAGCCCUCGCCGGCGAUCCAAGACCACUUACGAAACUCCCGAGCCGCCAUUAAUGAUCUCGAGGUCGUGUUUCGUAGCUCGUCAUUGUCGACAGAGCAGCUCUUCGAGAUCAUACCGUGUGCUGCGGUUACGUCUAUACUGAUCGACAUCGUUAACUGCGUGGAUAAGAUCUCGAAAUCCGUCGACGAGCUCUCGGAAAAAGCUGGUUUCAAGAAACCGAAGGAGAAAUCUCCCUCGCCGCCGCCGGAGAGUGAAGAUUCCCCGGAAAGUGAAGUAGUAGUGGCUAUUUCAAUAAUUGACAAAGAUUCCCUGGAAUCUGAAAACUUGCAAGAACCUAGACUUGAACAAAAAUCCCAAGAAUUAAUUCCAGGUGAAAGAACCAAAAUUUACAGUUAA